AUGAGUGCAGUCUUCAAGAUCCCUAUCCGGAUCACUUCCAGAAUAUCUACCAAACCUCUCGCACUUCCAUAUAAACCAUCAAUCCUUCUCUCGGGAUAUUUUAAAAGAGGUUAUUGUCAAAACAUAAACAUCAACCCCACCAUCACAAUGACCUCAACCCUCGAAAGCCCCCAGUUCACCAAGCGGGUAGUUGCCGCCAUGCGGGCGCUCUAUCCCGAGCAACUCGCCGACAAGGCCUGGGACAAUGUUGGCCUCCUCCAAGAGAACAUUGCCGUUGCCGGCCAAGACGUCCCCCAAACCGUCCUCUUGACUAACGACCUCACCGUGGCCGUCGCCGAGGAAGCCAUCCGCAAGCGCGCCUCCGUCAUCGUCUCAUACCACCCCUUCAUCUUCCGCGGCCUCAAGUCCGUCACCCUCGCCGACCCCCAGCAGCGUAUCCUCCUGCAGCUCGCUCAGGCCAACAUCGCCGUCUACUCGCCUCACACGGCUGUCGAUGCCGCGCCCGGUGGCAUGAACGACUGGCUAGCCGACAUGCUCGACGGCCACGGCGUCGAGACCAAGCGAAGCAUCUGCCAGCCCAUCUCGAGCUCCAUCACCGCCUCCUUGCCCCCGGCCUUUUUCAACUCCGGCUACGGCCGCCUCGUCGAGCUCGGCCACCCCGUCUACCUCGGCAACAUUAUCAAGGCCUACGCCGAGGGCCUCGGCGGGCUAAACCACAUCAUGAUCGCCGCACCCAAGGACAAGAAGGUCACGACCAUCAGGAGCGUGGGCAUCUGUGCGGGAAGCGGGGCCGACGUGCUCAAGAACUGCGACGCCGAUAUGAUUGUUACCGGCGAGAUGACGCAUCACUAUGCGUUGGCGCUCACUAUGAAGGGGAAAGUGGUCAUGACCGUGUUUCACAGCAACAGCGAGAGGAAGUUUUUGAAGAAGAGGCUGCAGCCACAGUUGCAGGCUCAGUUGGAGAAGGAGGGCGUUAAGCACCCUGAGGUCUUGGUCAGCGAGGAGGAUGCGGAUCCGUUUGAGAUUUGGGAUGUGAGGAAGAUGCCCGCUUGGGCUUUUGGAAAGGACUCGGAGUAGACAGACGUCACCUAGAACAGGUGGUGAAAAUAGAAUGGCGAGAAUUUGACUGUUGCGGUCACUG